AUGUCAGGAAACUUGUCUCUCUUGUCAAUAAGUCCCACAAGCAUUUGGGGAAACUCCUCUGUGUUAAUCACCUCCCCUCCUGUCUGGGAGGUGCCCACAUUCACUGUGGCUGCUCGUUUCCGCGUGGUGGCCACCAUGGUGCUCUUUGUCUUUGCUGCUAUCAGUAACCUCUCAGUACUAAUCAGUGUUACCAAGGGACGAGGACGCCACCUGGCAUCCCACCUGCGGCCUCUCAUCGCCAGCCUGGCCACUGCUGACCUGGUCAUGACGUUUGUGGUUAUGCCACUUGAUGCUAUUUGGAACAUUACAGUGCAGUGGUAUGCCGGUGAUGCUAUGUGCAAACUGCUCUGCUUCCUCAAGCUCUUUGCCAUGCACUCCACAGCAUUUAUCCUGGUAGUGGUGAGUUUAGACAGGCACCAUGCCAUUCUGCACCCGUUGAAAGCUCUGGAUGCCGGCCGCAGGAACAGGAGGAUGCUGCUGGCUGCUUGGAUCCUCAGCAUACUGCUUGCUUCUCCACAGUUGUUUAUUUUCAGGGCAAUUAAAGCUAAAGAAGUAGACUUUGUGCAGUGUGUCACACAUGGAAGCUUCCAGCAGCGCUGGCAGGAGACAGCCUACAACAUGUUCCACUUUGUCACCCUCUAUGUGUUCCCUCUGCUUGUCAUGAGCUUCUGCUACACUCGAAUCCUGGUGGAAAUCAACCGCCAGAUGCCCCGUGGUAAAGGAAAAGGUGAGGAACCUUGUCUGAGAUGCAGUGGAAUGGACAUAAUCCCAAAAGCACGAAUGAAGACCCUAAAGAUGACCAUCAUUAUUGUGGCAUCCUUUGUUGUGUGCUGGACUCCCUACUACCUCCUUGGCAUCUGGUACUGGUUCCAGCCUCGUAUGCUGCAGGUGAUGCCAGAAUACGUCCAUCAUGCACUCUUUGUCUUCGGCAACCUCAACACAUGCUGCGAUCCGGUCAUAUAUGGCUUCUUCACGCCUUCGUUCCGAGCAGACAUAACCAGCUGCUUUUGUAGAAGGACUCAUAAUUCUUCCCCCAAAUCAUUGGACAGACUCUCUGCCAGGAGAGGGGGGGCAAGUAUAGAAGCUGAGUCAGACCUCAGAAGUGGUGACCAGCCCUGUGGACAACAACCAUAGCGGGCCAAUACACCUCCAUGGAGCCUUGGAGUGACUACCAUUUAUUAUUUCAGGCAUAGACAGAUUUGCCUGUUCAUGGAAUUUAACCCUUUGGAUAUUAAUUAUAUAAGGGGACUUUCACUCUGUCCAGACAUCUGUAAAUGCUGCCGGUGGUGUAAUUAGAAUCUGUGCAAGCAUGAUGUGUUUGCUUGAAUUCAGCUUUGAUCCACUUAAAGGGAUAGCUGACCCAGAAAUGAAAAUUCUAUAAUUCUGUGAAACCUGUGAUGACUGUAUUUCAUCCAUGGAACACAAAAGGAAAAUGGUAUUGGAAAAUGGAAUUCUCGUCAAAUGAACAUUACAAUAACUAGAUUUUUGCAAACUGAGUUUCCUGGUGAAAUGAACACUAGAGGCAUUACAAUACUAUGCAUUUUAUUGACUUUCACACAAAUCACGGGUACUAUGGCUGUUCAUGACUUUAGAAACACUUGACUUUAGUUUUUUCGCGCUAUUAUUCACACCCUGCUAUGUUAUCAAAACACUUUACAGUUUACAGCUUGUAUUACAGACCCACCUACUAUUACACAUUUAUUCCAAUGUGAUUAGCUUCUGUGGUAGCUCACCUGAUAGAGUGUUGGACUUUCUGCAGCCAAACAUGUAAUCAAGCACGUAAUUUUGGUUUGUUGCCAAUUGUCACGUAAAUUUCAUGAGAUCAAGCUGUUCACAUUUAUUGUAUGGAAAAAAGAUGCAAUGAAAGUCAAUGGUCACUAAAGUUCACAUUCUGCUUCUGUUGUGCUUCACAACAAAAAAUAAAUAAUUCAUUCAGGUCUAGAAGAACAUAAGGGUGAGAAAAAUGUAACACAUUUUUGGGUGAACUAUCCCUUUAAUAUCUGACUGGGAAUUGAACAUACAUGUAGAUCAGCAACAGUCUAAGAAUCACAGUAUGGUCUCAAGUUUGGAUAUCUUAUUACGAGAUGCAAGUACUCACAGAUAUUUGCAUGUGAAGGACCAAAUGGUGGCCCAUUGCCUCAGGCAAAACCUUAAAUGUGAGAUAUU